UUGUUCGCGGAAAUCGGCAUCCUCCCGGCUACCCCGGGCCGGGAAUCGAAAAGGCUGCCGUGUUCUCCACUUCUCCGCCUUACCCUGCUCUCCUGGACCUCCGACGCACCCCAAACACCGCAGAGAUGCAGAACCCUAGCGGCCACCACCCCGCGACGGCCGCCCCGACGUCGGCGCCGUCCAAGGGCAAGUCGUCGGCGCCGAACCCUAGCGGCAACCACGCUGCGACGCCGGCGCCAUCGGGGACGCCUUCCAAGGGCAAGUCGGCGGCAGCGCAGGCCGCGGCUUUGGGCCACGGUUCCUCCUCCCACCACCACUCUGCCGGCGGUGGCGGUGGUGGCGCUGACGCGUCCGCCACCACCCUCAAGCGCAAGCGCGGCGUCUUCCAGAAAGACCUGCAACACAUGAUGUAUGGCUUUGGGGAUGAUCCAAAUCCACUUCCAGAAACCGUUGCACUUGUGGAAGACAUUGUUGUGGAAUAUGUCACUGACCUGGUGCACAAGGCGCAGAACGUUGCCUCAAAGAGGGGGAAGCUCCUGACAGAGGAUUUUCUUUAUCUUAUACGCAAGGAUUUACGGAAACUGCACCGUGCUACUGAACUACUGUCCAUGAAUGAAGAGCUCAAGCAAGCAAGGAAAGCUUUUGACGUGGAUGAAGAGACGCUGGCUACGACUAACAUAUGAUGUCUUCCUAGUCGGAGAAUCUGCGUGUUACUGUAACCAGUUGUACAAUGCACUGCAUGUGUCUGACAAUUGUUGGCGUCGACUUGUAACUGUUCCGCUACAGACUUUAGCUAUUUUCUUGACAGUUACUGCGUUAAUGUCUGUAUGCCCUGCUCAGUGAAGAAGUCCGCUGGUUCCACAC